AAUUAAAAUACAAUUCAUUCAAACAAUCGCUUCAUUUGAUCCCAAAAAUGCCUAAAAAGCGGAAACUCUUGAAGACAUCACUCGAGACCACAGAUGACGGCAAUGAAGACAACAGACGACACCCAAAGAUUUACGCGAAGAACUCAAUGGACAGAUUCGGCGACGACUUGUGUCAACUAUUAUUAUCCCAUCUCUCACUCGAAGACUGUUUUCAAUGCGAAUGUGUGUCCAAACAGUUCCAGAGGACAGUCUUCGAGAGCGUUGAUUGCAUUGAAAUUUAUAGCGAUUUAGUGAACAAAAUGAUAAAAAGACAGACAAUUGACAUCAAAAAGUUGGUCACAAUCGCCAAAAAGUGUCCAAACAUUCAGACCAUUGACUGUCGAAGAAUAGCCAACAGAUAUGAAGAACAUAUGGGGAAAGUGUUGAACACAUUUCGAGUCAAUUGCCGGCAUUUAAGAGACAUUUGCGUCAAUAUCAGGAGGAAUGGCGCGAAAUUGUUGCCAUCGUUGCCAUCAUUGGUGACACAAAUCGGCGAAUUUGAUUGGCUUCAGAACAGUGUACUCAUUCAUUGCCACCGAUUGUCACAUCUAUUUGUCUACUCGUUGGACGGAGUCUUCGACGACACUUCCAGAAGAUUACUGGUGAAGAAUUUGCACACAUUUUCAUUUCAUUAUCCUUUCAGUUGGGGAUUGGAUUCUAAGCAAAUGUUGACUCAAUUCGUGGCACACAAUCAGUCCCUCACGAGUGUUGUCGUCGGCAUCAGUAGGAGUUAUUACGACCCAAAUAAAGACAUUCCUCCCGAACUGUGCCAACAAUUGUCACGAUUAACACAAUUACGGCGAUUGACGCUUAAAUUGGAGGAAAUGAAUGACGAGAACUCGUUGUCUGAGUUUUUGCGUACAAUUGGCUUAAACUGCAAACAAUUGAAACGAUUGUCACUUCAAAUGGAUUCACCGAAAAGCCGGUGGACAGGAAAUACACUCAAUUGUUUGCAAUAUUAUCGUCGCUUAAAUCGUUUGAAUUUAACACUCGUUGAGGACAUCGAUAAUGAUUUGUUGGAACCGUUGAGUCUCUGCCACCGAUUAACACAUCUAUCGUUGGAUAUGAAGCAAAUGAGU